AUGGCACAGAUUCCACCAUCACCACUACACAAGCCGCUUUCUUCUAUCGAUGCGAGUAGCAGCUUAACGACACAAUCACCAUCAUCGAAUGAUCGUUCAUAUCACAAUACAUCUUCUUCAUCAUCAGCGAAUCGGUUGCAGCAACACGUGAAUACAAACAACAAUGAUUCAGAUGCCGAGACUGAAGUAGCUGAGGAUGAUACCAUACGCAAUGAAGAUGAGGAAGAAGACGAGGAAGAUCGCUAUUGGCAUGAAUUUCAAAGGCGACAUCGCAACAAGAAUGCAACAGCCAAACGACAUCGAUCGGUUGCUUCAUCAGCAUCAUCCACAUCCAGUGCAAAUAGCAAUGCUGCUGUAUCAGAUACGAGCGAAGAAGAUGAAGAAGAUGAAGAUGAGAUUCGCAUGGGACGUAAACGAAAGCAUUCUCGAUCGACAUCAGCAACUCGAGGUCGACGUAAAGCAUCUACAACUGAGCAUACACCAGAGAAACGACGACGAGGACGACCGAGAAAAGAUAGUUCAUCGACAAUACAAGAUGAGGAUGAAAAGAUGACAACAACAACAGCUGCUAGGAAAAAGCCUCGUGGAAGGACAGCAUGUCAAGAUCCCAACAAACCAGACAAAGCAGGUCGUACCAAACUGUUUGUGUUUACUGGCGCUGGCAACCUUGACAAGGUCAAAGAACUUGUUAGCCGAGGUGCGAAUGUCAACUUUCGUGAUAAUGCUGGUUGGACUCCUUUGCAUGAAGCUUCGUUGAAGGGACAACACAAUACGGCACAAUACCUUGUUUCUUGUGGUGUUAAUGUCAAUGCACGUGGUUUCAAUGAUGAUACGCCACUUCAUGACGCAAGUUCCAAUGGAUUUCCAGAAUGCGUUCAACUACUUGUGGAUGCUGGUGCAGAUGUCUUUGCGCUCAAUUCUGACAAGGAGACACCGUUGGAUGUGUGCGACGAUGAUGCAUGUCGUGUGAUAUUGGAAAGCAAAAUGAAGCAGCUCAAUCGAUUAGUGGCCAAGGAUGACAAUGGUCGUACUAUUUUGCAUCGUGCAUGUGCCUCUGGACAAUAUGAUGAAGUAGCCCUUCUCUUGAAACAAGGUGCUAAUGCCAAUGCUCAGGACAAUGAGUUAUGGACACCAUUACAUGAAGCAGCACAUCAUGGACAUCUUGAGAUCGCCAAAUUACUCGUUCAACAUGGUGCUGACUACAACUAUUUUGGCAACAAAGGAUACACGGCAUUGCAUCAUGCGAGUGCAGGUGGUCACAAAGACCUUGUUCAGUAUUUGCUUGACACUGGUGCUGAUGUUGAUCUUUGCAAUCAUGCUGGUGAGAAUGCAUAUCAAGUGGCGACAGCUGCUGAACCUCGUCGAAUCUUGGCUGCACGUAUUGAUGAAUUGAGGAAACAACGCACUGCAAGUGAUGCAAUCGAUGAAAUCACUUUUAUUUCUCAUACAAAACAACGACGCCAUCGACCUGAAAGUGGAUCAGCAACCAAUUCACGACCUUUGUCGCGAGAAGAACGCAAAAUCCAGGCUAUCAUGAGGACUUUUGCAAGUAUUGAACAGAACAAACGACCUCGACGAUCACGAAAUCGACAUGAUGAGAUGGAUGAAGAUGAAGACAAUGCUGUACAAAAGGAAGAUGGCAGGAGGAGGAGACGUAUCCAUGCUACCAGCACCUCGACAACCACCACUACAACAGCACGACGACGGCAGAAAUCCAUUUCGGCUGAAGUUGAUUCAUCAUCACGUGAACCAUCGCUUGAUCCAGAAACAACAUCAGAGAAAAUGACUCGUUCAGUAGCAAAAAAGGUCGAUGCGAGCAAAUUGGAUCCUCACAAAAAAGAUACCAGUGGUCGUACUCAUUUGCAUAAAUGGGCCAUCAAGGGUGAUUUAACGGUUGUCAGCACUUUGUUAAAGUCCGGAGCCAAUCCAAAUGAGAGCGACAAUGCUGGUUGGACGCCAUUGCAUGAAGCAGCUUUGAGAGGUCGCGAUCAAGUUGUUCUCUUGUUACUUGAAAAUGGUGCUGAUCCCAACUCCAAAGGUGCUGAUCAAGACACUGCUUUACAUGACGCCGUUGAGAAUGGCCAUGCUCACGUCAUUGAACACUUGCUGAAGUUUGGUGCCAAUCCACGUGCAAAGAAUAGCAAAGGUCUCACACCCUUGGACAUUGCCAGUGAGAACAAUGAUACUCAAAUCGAGAGUGUGUUGCGUCGUACAGUGGUCAAAGGUGGCAAACGGAAGGCUACUGGGGAAGCAAAUGGUGGCGAUGAUUCUCGUAAGCGGAUCAAAGAUGAAGAGGAACCAUCGCGACAAGAAGAUGAUGCUAAGGUGCCAGCUACAGAGAAGGCAAAAGCACAUGCUCGAGAAUUAUCUGGUCGUCACUUGCCCAAAAAGACGUUACAUCCUUUGCAACAACCACAGCAACAUCUUUCUGGAGGUGAUUUGUCUCCUGAUGGACCACACACACCUAUUCCCACACCACCACCAGAGCAUUGGCACGCCAAGGUUAAGGAAGAGAAGGAUUACAAUUCGCUUUCAUCGUUGUUAUUGGCCCCAUCCAGAGAACGAGCACCUACGUUAAUGGAAGCACAACGCUAUUUGCCACUCUAUACUGUUCAGCUAUUUGAAGAGACAGCAAGGAAGCUUUGCUUUUUUGUGGUUGAUUUCCAGAUCAGUAUGCUACUUGGUUUAUCCACCCAGUCCUUUUGGCAACGCUAUCCACAUUUAUGUCGACGACCGGUGACUGACAAGGAAAAGGAACGAUUAUGGUCACCAUUUGCAUCCAUGCUAUGUCAAGGUGGUAUCAGCAAGCAGGCUGAAAAGCAACGUUUCAACGAUACUGCUAUGCAUUUUGUGCUACUCGAACAAGUGGUUUCGGUUAUCAAGCAAGAUUAUGAUCAUUUAUCCCAAAGCCUUAUCACCAUCACGCUCGAUAUUGGAUACAAGGACGAAAACAGCGAACAUCACCCAUCGAUACCGAUUCAACCACAACAACCAGCUCCACAUUGUCUUUUGAACAACAAUCACGUGGCCAUGUUACCUAAGCGACCUGGCUGUGGUCUUCCUCCCAAGGUCUCGUUGAAGCUCCAAAAAUUCAAGAAAUGA